AUGAGGGCGAAGGAUCGGAAGAUAGUAACGACUGCUCUUGCAAUGAACAGUGAACCUGCUAUGCUACGUAAUGUCAUUCAGAGUGAAGCCUUCAGUAAUCUUUGACGCCUCUUGCGAGUUACAGCCUUACGUGUGAAGUUUAUUAAGCUAUUAAAGGUACAGCGACAAGGAGAUGUGAAUCAGAAGGUAGAGAUACAUGUGACAGGUGCAGAGAUAAAGUAGCCAAACUUCUAUGGAUCAAAGAAGUUAAACGAGAGAUGAAGAGCAAGGAGAAGUUUAAGAUGAGGUCGCACCAGUUGGGGUUGUUUAAGGAUGAUAAGGGAGUUAUUCGAUGUCAAGGUAGACUCGGGAACAGAGAGCUUGCAGGUUCUGUAUCCAAUCUUGCUUGACACUACUUUUCUACUCUUGUAGUUUGGAGAUGUCACGAAAGAGUCAUGCAUGGAGGAGUUAAGGAAACACUCACCUAGUUGAGCUCGAACGUUUGGGUUGUUCGCAGCUGAUACUUUAUCAGAAGUUUGUUAUUUAGAUGCACAGUUUGUAAAAAGUUUGAAACGAAACCCUACAAGGUUCCACCAUCUCCACCCCUACCUAGAUACGGAGUGAAGGAGGCGCCUGCAUUUUCGUACAUUGGUUUGGAUUAUGUUGGAGCCCUUUUUGUGAAGUCUACCAGUGCGGAAGAACGUAAGGUCUGGAUUUGUUUGUUCACUUGUUGUUCUUCGAGGGCGGUCCACUUCGAGGCUGUACUCAGUAUGACCUCAGAGGCAUUUCCUAGGUGCUUUAGAAGAUUUGUGGCUCGUCGUUCAGGGCCUUCUUUAGUGGUAUCAGACAAUGUCAAACCUUCAAGAGUGCUUCUAAGGAGCUUGAGAAAAUUGCAAAUGAUCCCAGUGUUGUUGAGUACUUUUGCCCACGAGAAGAUCAAAUGGUCCUACAACUUAGAGAAGGCCCCAUGGUGGGGAGGUUUUUACGAACGACUUGUUAAGUCAUUGUUAAGUCGACCGAGUCAAACGUUCCUAUGGUGAGCUUGUAACUGCUGUUACAGAAGCUGAAAUGACCUUAAAUUGCCAACCCAUUUCAUAUGUCUAUUCUGAGGACCUGGAAGAACCCCUUACACCUUCCCACCUCAUUGUUGGUCAGAGACUCAGCGCCCUCUCUGAAAUAGACAGUCCUGCAGAUGCAGACUUUAGAAUUUUGCCGGACGACCUGAGCAGAAGAGCGAGAAACCUUAACAUGAUUAUG